AGCUUCAGUGAGUGUAUAAGCAAGGAUGAGAGGGAAAUGUGCAAUCCAGUUAGACACGAAUGUAUGUCCCAACUUUUCACAACGAACGAAGGGAAACUAGUAUUUGUCUCAGAGUGCCAGGAGAUUGAGGCUUGUGUCCAGGAAAGCCAGAAUGAACCUAAGGCCAAUAACUGUGAUUACCCCCCUCUCGCUGUCGUAACCAAAUGUCGUUAUUGUUGUCAUGAUGGCAACCUGACUAAUGAACUGUACUGUAUGCCGCCGGAAGUGCCGACCGAAGAACCGCAAUGGAAUAUAUGUAGCUGUUGGGGUGAUCCGCAUUGUAGAUCAUUUGAUGGCAGACGAUUUACUGUUGUUGGAGGUGAAUGUUACUAUCAGCUAACUUCUAUAACCCACAAUGGCAGAAGAAUUCAAGUCGAAGUAGACUAUACUGAGAGUGAUGGUCGGUUACGAAUCAAUAGUUUAAGAAUAAUAGUUACUGAUACUAAAGGCCGGGGUGCUGAAAACAAUAGUCAGAAAAAUAACGCCGACAAUGGAAAAGGUAUAGGACCUCCAGUUGGCAAAGGUAACAAAAAAUCAAAACGUGACACAGAAACUGUGACUGAGUUAGAAGUUGGUGUGAAUGAUGGCGAAACCCCUGUUGAAAUACGCGUGAAUGAUGUGAUCGGUGUAUUUACGCUUCAUCAGUUUGAAGACAAAACAUGGAAAUUCUCUUUGAGCACUGAAGAAGAUGGUAACAUCGAUGUUGCCGUGCUAUGGCUUCCACAUCACGCCAUACAUAUUGAGAUUAAGAAACCUUUAAAUGAACUCAACAUAGAAGGCAUAUGUGGGGAUAGUGAUGGCGAUCCCAUUGACGACUAUACUGGAGAUGUCCAGGUUUUUGCUGAGGGUUUUGCAGAUUGUGCAGAACUAUGA